UUUUAAUAUUUUAAAAAUUAUGUUUUUAAUAUUAAUUGCACCUGUGCUAUUAAUAUUUAAUGCGACACGCGAUUACUUAAUUAUAGUGUAUAUUUGCACCACUUUGUACCUUCAUUUGUUAAUCGUAGCUACGAUUGAACGAUAGAUUUGGCGUGUAAUAAGCAUGUUUAGAUACAAUAUAAAAGUCGAAGAAGAGCAAGCGGUUUGAUAUAUAUCACCAGAGGUAGUUCCACUUAAUCCAAUGCAGUCUGACGAUAUCGAGGAACAACGGCUUCCACAGCAUAUCCCAGGUCCUCCACAAUUACCGCCGUUAGUCAAAGGCCAGAAAGUGAAGAGCGGACCGUACACUAUCACGGUGACCGAUGAGAUGGUAGCACAGAGGGAAAGGGAGAACCUGGAAUUGUACAAAGCCUGGGUACGGGAACAGCGCAGGAGAAACAUGCUGCCGGAGGAGGAGGCUGACGAGUUUAUAGGUGACUUCAAGGAUAUCGUUGUCAGAAGAAGCUUCGUUCGUAAAGUUUUUUGUCUCCUCUCGCUGCAGCUAUUAUUUACCAUCGUUGUCAUAUCCAUCUUCAUGUUUGUGGAUGAAGCACAGAAAUUCAUGAUGGUGCACUGGUAUCUGUGGAUUGUUGCCAUGGUGUUCUUCAUUGUCGCAUACUGUACCGUAUCCUGCUCGGUGCACGCCCGACGAACGCCUCCGUUCAAUUACAUCUGUCUGUUCCUGCUGACACUGGGAAUGUCGUACUUGGCCGCCUUCGUUUCCGUGUUUUACAGCAUCGAGGUGAUCCUCAUUGUCAUGGGCAUGACCGUCGCCGUCACAAUGAUUAUAGUACUUGUAGCGACGUUCUCCAGGUUCGACUUGACAAUGAGACCAGGUUUGCUCAUGGUGAUUGGGUUGGUUUCGAUCGUAGCCAUUUUUACGAUCUUAAUAAUUCUGUUGUUCACUCAAGUAAUAAUUUUACGUCUGGUAAUCGCAAUCAUCGGAACACUUCUGCUGUGCAUGUAUUUGUACUUCGAUGUACAGACGAUCAUGGGUGGACGCAGGAUAGAAUUGAGUCCCGACGAGGUCGUCUUUGCAACUACACAGAUUUACGUCGACAUCGUACUGCUGUAUCAGUACUUGCUGAUGUUCAUGGGAUUUUUCCACAGAUGAAAAAAAAUCAAAUGCUAUAUCGUAUUUUUUACAUUGAUAUUCAGAUGGAAAAGUUUAUAGCGUUUCGCCAUAUUUUUUCAUUUAAUAUGUAUAUUUUUAAUAAGGAUGUAUAUUAUUUAAUAUUAAAUUAUUAUUUUAAAAAAAUAAUGGCGAGAAACAUUCUGUAUUCGUUGAGAUGCUGGAGAGAUCAUAAAAACAGCCAAGGAAUAUAUCAAAAAUUAAAAGAUUAGAUGGAAAGAUUUAUAGCACUCGCCAUAUUUUUGCGUUUAAUACGUAUAUUUUUAAUAAAGACGUAAACUAUUUGAUAUUAAAUUAUUAUUAAAUAAUAGCGAGAAACAUUCCGCGUUCGUUGAAGUGCGGGAGAAAUCAUAAAAACAUCCAAGAAAUUGAUUUCAUAUUAUAAAACGAGUGAGAAGAGAGUUCAGUUUGCAGUCGUUUCGGUAAGAAAUCCGGGAUUUCGGGCUCGAGAAAUCGCUCCUGAUACGCGGGGAUCAUGUAGAGCAAAGAGGUAGCAGGAAGUAAACUAGG